GAAGGCAGCCUGACUGGACUCCCGCUUCUCAGAGAAGUCAGAAAGAAAGCAUGAUAUGUGUUUGUCUAAAGGACAAUCGGCGCAAACAUUGCGUGGUUCUAAUAUCAAGGAAAGUGGGCAUGAACACAGCGAGGCACUGUCUGGCAAGUUAAACAAAGAAUGGCUGUACUCCGUGUGAAACAAUGACCCGUGGUUUUGACACUGUCAGGAUUAAGCUUUAAUGAGGAUUUCAUGAACUGACUGACACUGUUAAAUUUAGUGGAUGGGCGCCCACAUUUCCCCUGGGGGUUCAAGUGUGAACCCCUGCUUGAUAUGGAAGUAUUUUAAAGCGACUGUUUUAACAUGAUAUAGAAUCAACUCCUUGAGUCAUGUGUUUUUCCAAUAAUAAUGGAUAACAGCAGUUUGUCAUUCAAGGGACUUGUAAAACAACAAUUGUUUGGGAAUGCAGACUUGCAGGGUGUGUGCUUGGCUUGUGUACCUAACAGCAAUGGGAGUUCAAGGUGUAACCACAGACAGUCGCAAGAGGGAGGGCUGAAGUGGAGGUACAGCCAGAGGGUGGAACUGUCAGAGGGGGGGAAAGGCGAAUGGAAGGAGUAAGCAAGAUUGAGCCUGCAGCACAGAUUCACUGGGAGUACAGCUGAAUUCAACAGAAGGCAGACAUUUUUUUAACACGACCUGCAGGAGAGGACAAGGAGCAGGUAAGAAGAAGGAACAAGCCAUCAGCAGCCAACCUUGACCAUCUUAUCUUUUCCAUCUAUAUACGGAAAUCACUGGAUUAUUUACAAGCCUCUCCGGGCUGUCUGUGCGAGAGAAGGAUUGUGCUGCGCUCACCGCCGACAUGCUGCGUCCUGCUGGCGUCAGUUCAGCUGUGUGGCUGCUGGCCGUGCUGGGCCCGGGCCUGUCUCUCCCAGCUGAGGACAGCAGCCUCUGCACCCACUGCUUCUACAGACAGACGCCACCUCGGGGAGCCUCUGCAGGACUGCUGUGCCACGGCCUGCCCGGGGGACGGAUGUUCGCCACCAUGCUCAAAGCGACCUGUGGCACCGCCGUCUUCUCUGCCUUCCAUCUCAGCCACGGAUGGACAGAGAGGGAGGGGGAAGGGCUGGUGACAGAUAAAGAAGAAAAAAACAUCAAAUCUGCAGUACCGGCCCUUCUCAGAGGAGGCGGGGAGCCAUCUCAUCCUGCCUCGCCAGCAGACUCCCCGCUUCAUCACUGGGACUUGACCGUCACAACACUGGUCAAGUCAAGCAUCUCUCCCCAGUGCAGCACUUUAGGGGGUGAUCUCUACAUCCUCACCGGGGUCGGAGGUCUCGGGGAUGGACACAAGGAGUGUCAGACGACGCCGCUGUGGUCUGCAGUGUGCUGCGCUCUCCCGCAGGGGAAGAGCGGCUUCAGUGUGGGGUUAAUCAGAGAGACAGGGGAAGGGGAGAGGCAAUUGAGCGUGAAGGAGCUGGAGGAGAUUCUCGGAGUGGCAGAGCUUUUCUCAGAGGGCUGCGGAGGAGCAGAUGGGGCGACUGUCGGCAUCGGAGUGGGUCUCCACAGCGAGGGGCUGCCGGGUAACAUAGAAACGUUGGGUGCAGAUCUCACUGGUGAAAACACAGGCGCCGUGGAUGGAGAUUCCCAAACUGCUGGUCGAGUCACUGAAGGAGAGGAGGUUGAGUCAGAAGCCGCUGAAAGAAUUGAUCUGCGCGCUGCGACCCGUUCAAGAGACGUGACAUUGGCGUCUCCCGAAUCCUCAGCUGACAAUGAACCUGCGGAUGAACAAGAGACGGAUGCAAAUUCCAUGUUGGAUGUUCUGAUGUCCAUCCUCUCCACCACCUUGUCCAUCCUCUCCACCACCUUGUCCAUCCUCAAAGCUCCGCUGCAGCCGGUGUUCUCCACUGUCAUUAAAUUACCUGGACAGGUGAUAUACGUUCUGCAGGAAGACCUCGGGGUUCUGGCUGCACUUCCUGGUGAAACCUUCUCCGUACUCCACCUCUUGACUUCUGACCUCCUGUAUUGGACCGGCUCUGCUGGAGAAACGCUGCUGGACAUAGGGGGCGACUGCUGCUCCAGCAUCUACCACUGCGUCUCCUCCAUGCUGGAGGCCCUGCUGAACAGCUGCCACACUGGGCUCACUGGCAUAGGGGCCCUUGCUGGAGACUCAGUGGGGAUAUUUUGCGGGGCGUUGGACAAUAUUUGGUGGGUGACCGAGUUCUUCGGAGGCCGGCUGUGGGAGCAGUGCGAGGGUUACGUAGGAACAGUGGUGUCAGAGAUGGGGGGUCAGGCAAAAGCUGUCGGUGGAGGGUUCGGGAGGCUGGCGUGGCGAAGUGGAAAUGGGGUGGGUAAUGUGUUUACGAUGGCAGGGGGUUUAGUACUGGGCAUCGUGGAUACAGUCUUUGGUGCAGGGCACAUGUCUUUUGAGUAGGAGUCAGAAUGAAAUUCAAUUUUGGUUUGUGAAUUUUUAUGUAAGAGGGUGAAACAGAUGGGGGUAUUUCAGUUUGAUGUCAUUUGAACAUCACCUCGAUAAGGAUAGAUGUGUUUGCACCACACUUUGUGAAUCACAAAUGUCUUACUCUGUAAGUCUUACACUCCACUUGGGCUGCCUCUAUAUAUAAUCUGCUGCUGGGAUUAGAGACCCAACUGUGAUUAAAAGCAACUGUUCACAAGGCUUUUGGAUGUAAUGAAUCAAAACAAUUAUUGUAUGACAACUGUUUGCUUACAUGUACAUUUGAAUUAAAAUGGAUGCUGGCCUACUGUU